GUCGUGACUUCCUAGGUACUCUCUCACAAAAGGCACAUAGUUCGCUGAUGCCUGAACGGACAAAAAGGCUUAAAGUUGUGUAUGAUUUGUUUGUAAUGCAUGCAUGUCGCGAGAAGUGAUCUACUACAGGAUUCAAAACAAGAAGUUCAAGUGCAACUUGAUGUUGUUCGGAAGCGUCUCGUCGGAAAUGUCAAUUUUUCGCUUCCGCGCGAGGGUGGCGAUGCUGCUUAUGCAAGCGACGGGCUUGACAUGCUAUUUGUACGGGUCCUUGAUGAUACAUAGAGAAGGCACUUUGCAGUUUUCAUUUUUUUGAUUUUUAUUUUUUAGAGAAAGUAUGUAAAAGAUGCGUCUAUCUAUGUAUACCGACGAGAAUCUAGUAGCUUUCAUCUCUUAAAAACACCUCGAUGUUCCAAAUCUUCAGUCUGCAUCUACGUUCUCCUCACUGUCUUCUAAUGUCACGUGUCGGGCAUGCAGCAGCCGAGGCCGUUGCAGGAGCAAGAUCGGAUGAAGAGUCAAGAGAGCACUAAGCACUUGCGACAGGAACGGAAUGCUCAUGCAGGACAAGAAGGUAGAAGUGCACUACAUUCUGCGUCUUCUGCAUUGCUGUCUUCCACUUCGCGACAACAAAUUGAUCCUAUCACCGGACUCGAGCCCGGACAUGAUCCACUCCACCGGCAUAGCGUUUUUAGCUAUUGGUUCUGGGCCGAGCACUCGCAGGCAGCUUGGGCCCAUGCAACGUCGAUGAUCCAACGCGGUUCUUCGCUGCAGCUGGCUGGCCCACAGGGAUUUUUCGCAAAAUUAGGAGAGAAUCUUGACUGGACUGCAUUCUAUGUGUAUGAAACUGCGGAAAAUGGCUUAUUGGUAUCGCUCAUUUUUUGUAGGAGACCCGCACAAACUUUCAUCAUGAGCCUCUUGUCAAAGAAAAACGUCGCACCGGCAGACAUCCUCAUUAUUUUCUAGAAGUACAUGGUCACUCUUCUUUGUUUUUCAUGUGCAAGUAAGUCUAAGUAACACGAAACGAAACAUAAUUAAUCAAAAGCUUACGACCAAGCACUACCAAAGCACUAAGAAAUAAGAUUGCAUUUAUUCCCCUGAAUUUCCCCUUGCAAAUGAGUCCCCGCACUCGAGACAACACCUCGCGAACAGGUAAAUGAAUGAAUGGAAUAACGUAAUUACUUACUUGUUAGUGUCAAUAACAAACUUCGUUAAUUUAUUUCUUCACGAUCUUCUUCACAGGCUGCAGGGCGGUGGUUCGGGGUGUGGAGCCCACACAGUCCCCACAUGCAGCAACAUCACGAGGAGAAUGUGUUUAGCAGCACCGCUCCGCGUCGGAGCCUCGCAGUUGGAGCGAAGCAGUCAUCGAUACAGACACGGGACAGAAACUGGAAUUGGGGGAAACGCCUAGAGCAUCAUCCACAUCACCUGUAUCACGCGGACGGGAGACACCCUUUCUCUAUGCUUGAGCAAAGCUCGUUUUAUUUAUGCGACCCACCAUAAACGACUUGAAUUUGGUCCUGAAAAAAAUGCAAGUAGAAGUAAUUCAUGUCGAAGAGGUGCCGACUACAACUUGAUAUCAAUGUAGUACCUCUACGGUGAAGUGUUUGUCUUCCUGUUGUAGCACGAAAAAGAACAUACAACUUGGGGAUGGGUCAGUACUUUUCUAAGGGAAGUGCCGAAGAAAACGUUUACUCUGUUUGUCAUGAUGGCCGCGGCCUGUUUGCCGGCUGGUUUAUGCUACAUGGCAAACAAGCGGUACAGCGAUACGAACGAGGCGAUGUUGAGGGAGAAGGCUAUGCGCGAAGCUGCAGCAGCUGCAAAUGAAGUAGAUGCACUUCCGCCACCUACGUCUUGAUUAAUAUUUCUAGCGACGAAGACGAGUUCGCGACUCUGGAUUUUUAUGAUUCAGUUUCCGAGAAAAGAUAGAAGAUAUAGAGACGAAGGUUGGAACAUUUUCGUCUUUUCGGCAAUGUUGUAAAAAGUGGGUAAGUUACUGAAGACGCGGCGAUGCUGUACAGCUGAUUUGCUCGGAGUGUUGUAACCGUUCUACGUGCACAAAGAACCGC